AUGCAGUUUCUACGAGAGAACGAUUUCAAACAGACAAUACCCCGAGUCAAAGUUGAAGAUGGAGAAGAUAUAACCUAUGAAACAGUAACAGCCACGCUUAAAAGGGCUGUCCAAUUCUUCUCAGCCUUGCAAGCCAGUGAUGGCCAUUGGCCUGCAGAAAAUGCUGGUCCAUUGUUCUUUCUUCCACCUUUGGUCAUGUGUCUGUAUAUUACUGGCCAUCUUAACACUGUGUUUCCAGCAGAACAUCUCAAAGAAAUUCUCCGCUACAUUUACUGUCACCAGAACGAAGACGGCGGGUGGGGUUUACACAUAGAAGGCCAUAGCACAAUGUUCUGCACCACUCUGAGUUACAUUUGUAUGCGUAUACUUGGAGAGGGACCGGAAGGUGGCAAAAACAAUGCCUGUGCUAGAGCAAGAAAAUGGAUACUUGACCAUGGCACUGUUACAGCAAUACCUUCAUGGGGGAAAACCUGGCUUUCGAUACUUGGAAUAUUUGACUGGUCAGGAAGCAACCCAAUGCCCCCUGAGUUUUGGAUCCUUCCAUCUUUUCUCCCCAUGCAUCCAGGUUUGAGCUGUUCGAGUAGAAUGGUGUAUAUGCCCAUGUCAUAUUUAUAUGGCAAAAGAUUUGUUGGUCCAAUUACUCCUCUCAUUUUACAACUGAGAGAAGAGCUGUAUGAUCAACCCUACAAUAAAAUUAAUUGGAGGAAAGUUCGCCAUGUCUGCGCAAAGGAGGACCUCUAUUAUCCUCAUCCAUUGAUACAAGACUUCAUGUGGGAUGGUCUCUACAUACUUACAGAACCUCUUCUAACUCGUUGGCCUUUCAACAAGUUACGAGAAAGGGCUCUUCAAACCACAAUGAAGCACAUCCACUAUGAAGAUGAAAAUAGCAGGUACAUAACAAUAGGAUGUGUAGAGAAGGUGCUAUGUAUGCUGGCCUGUUGGGUCGAGGAUCCCAAUGGGGAUUAUUUCAUGAAGCAUCUUGCAAGAAUCCCUGAUUAUAUAUGGAUCGCUGAAGAUGGAAUGAAGAUGCAGAGUUUUGGAAGUCAAGAGUGGGAUACUGGUUUUGCCAUACAAGCACUGCUGGCUAGUGAUCUUACAGAAGAAAUCGGCCAGACUCUUAUGAAAGGGCAUGACUUCAUAAAGAAGUCUCAGGUCAGAGAUAACCCUUCUGGUGACUUCAAAGCCAUGCACCGGCAUAUUUCUAAAGGAUCGUGGACUUUUUCAGACCAAGAUCAUGGAUGGCAAGUAUCUGACUGCACUGCAGAAGCAUUUAAGUGUUGCCUUCUCUUCUCAAUGAUGCCACCUGAAAUUGUUGGUCCCACAAUGGAAACUGAAAGACUCUACGACGCUGUCAAUAUAUUGCUUUCCUUACAGGUAUCAAUGUUUUAUCCUCUGACCAAUUAUAAAGUAACUUCUCAAGUUUUUAGCAAAAAUGGUGGGUUAGCUGCAUGGGAGCCUGCAGGAGCCUCAGAGUGGUUGGAGAUUCUCAAUCCUACAGAAUUUUUUGCCGACAUUGUUAUUGAGCAUGAGUACAAUUCACCUCAUUUGUAUGUCGAGUGCACUUCAUCUGCAAUACAAUCUCUAGUUCUGUUUAAGAAAUUGUACCCAGAACACCGGAAGAAAGAAAUAGAAAGCUCUAUAGCGAAGGCUGUGAAAUACCUCGAGGAUGUUCAAAAGCCUGAUGGAUCAUGGUACGGAAAUUGGGGAGUGUGCUUCACAUAUGGCACUUGGUUUGCCCUUGGAGGACUAGCAGCAGCUGGCAAGAGCUACAACAAUUGUCCAGCCAUUCGCAAAGCUGUCGGGUUUCUAUUAAAAGCACAAAGGGAAGAUGGUGGAUGGGGAGAAAGCUAUCUUUCCUGCCCCAAUAAGGAAUAUGUACCUCUGGAAGGAAAUCGAUCAAACUUGGUACACACUGCAUGGGCUAUGAUGGGUCUAAUUCAUUCUGGCCAGGGGGAUAGAGAUCCUACUCCUCUCCACCGGGGAGCAAAGCUUUUGAUCAAUUCUCAGUUGGAAAACGGUGAUUUUCCUCAACAGGAAAUUACAGGAGUUUUCAUGAAGAAUUGCAUGUUACAUUACGCAGCAUACAGGAAUAUAUACCCCCUAUGGGCUAUAGCAGAUUAUAGAAGGAGUGUACCACUACUAUCUGCACCAGCCAAAAGCAUCUAACAACUACAUAAUUAAUAUCGUUCCACCGAAUUGAUGAGAGCAGUCUAUUUAAGCUUUACUUGUUUGAUUUUCUUAUCAAUACACGCAUUUAUACUACUUUAUUCUUUCAUUAAUCAUGCAUUGUUAUACAAGAGAGAUAUAUCAAUAAAAAGAUUUAUAUAUAUAUGUCCAAUUUAUCUCUGCGCACAAUGUCUACAAAUUCCAUAAACAUAAAACAGAAUAACAUGGUAAACCGAAAACGUAGUAAUGUGAAACCUUCUGUUAAAAAGAAUAAAAAUGAAAUUGUCAGUCAGAAAAAUAAAACCGUCUUCAUGAAAACACUCCAAAAAAAAAGGUUGAUGGAACCUUCACACGGUUAAAAGUUGUUUUCUUUGCUUGGCUAAGCAGAAGAAAAAGUAAUAUAAAAUAAAUUACACGAGCAGUUGGGGAACAGGGAUUAUAUUAUUGCAAAAUACUCCAUAAAAAUCUGUUACUGGCAUGAAUAAUUGAUAGAAGGAUCAGCAAGAAGGUUUGAUCAAUGCAGGAAACUCAGUGGCAGCUAAGUGUUGGUCUAAGUCUAGAUUAGCAUUCAAUACUAGAAUGCAACCCACGCCUUUUCUCAAAACCCAUCACCAAUGCAUCAGCAUGUGGUGGAAUUGAUUUCGAAGAGGUUGCGAAUGUCGCUAUGUCAUUGCUUAAACAAGGACAGGAGCCAUCUUCAUUUGUAAACUGCCAUUGAUGUUCCUACUCAGACCUUUUACUAUAUGUCAUCAUAUCCAUUAUCGCUUUAGUAGUGCAAAUAAUUUAAGAAAUUGAAAUAAAAUUUGAGAAAAAAAAA